AUGCCACCCUCACAAGGCCGUCGUACCUCACUCACUCCACACCCUGGACGGGCAGCUGUGGAUGAAUACGCAAUGUCCAAACUUCAUUCCACUCAAAAGCCAAAUCAUGAAAUGCUCGCUCACGCUCUUCAAAAAUCCUCAGAAAGUUCGUCUCCCACACAAGCAAAAUUUCUCGCGUUACAAGUGAAAUCUAUGAGAGUUGAACGCGUGCUGGAAGUGGGAACUUUAGGUGAAUAUGCAUCAGUUUGGGUUGCUACUGAAAAUCCAGACUGUAAGAUUACCACGUUGGAAUUCGAUCCCAGGCAUGCAAAGGUAGCCCGCGAAAAUAUUGAGCAUGCUGGAGUAAGUGAUAGAAUUGAGGUUUUGGAAGGGUCUGCAGUGGAUAUAUUACCUGGCUUAUUGAAGGGGAUUGAAGGGGGAAAGCGAGAAAGGUUUGGUUUGACAUUUGUUGAUGCUGAUAAGCGCGAUGAUUGGACGUACUUUGACUAUGGAGUCAAGAUGAGUUAUUCCGGAGCUGCAGUUUUCCUGUGUAAUAUGGCCUGUAGGGGAGAUCUAGUGAGAUAA